AUGUUCAAGACAUCUAAUCAUUUACCUGAAAUAGACAAGAACAGUUUUAGAGACUAAAAAUAAAUACAAGAGUUGAAAAAGAAAUUAGAUGAAUAAAAGGAAACCUUAAAAGAACUUGUUUAUUUAGUUAAAGAAUCCAAAACAGAAUCUUAUAAACCCAAAUUAAAUAAUCAGUUCAGAUUAACUAAUUAAAAUUAAAUUACUUUAGAACUUUUAGAAGAAGUGAAAACUCUAAGGAGAUAAAUAAAUAAUAUUGAAUCUGGGCCAAAAAGUAAUCAAAUUUAAAAUCCCAUUAUAAUACCUCAAUAUCUACCUACUCCUCAAUAACCUUAAAUAUAGUCAAUGAUGCCUCCUUAUAUGUAUAUGAAUCCUUAUUUUAACAUGCCUUAAAAUUUGAUGUACUAGCAAUCUAAGAAUCAAGCACCAAAAAAGAAGGUUGAUCCUUACAAAAAGUUAGUUCUAAAGAUAUUAUAAAACGGAGAGAGAGAGAAUUAUCAUAGAAGAGACUCUACUUAUAGUGAUUAUUCAGAUGAUUAUAAAGAUAGGCCUAAUUCUAAACAGAAUAGACAUCAUUCACAUUCACAGAGGAAUAGACGUAAAGAUUAAGGUCGUGAUUUGUCAUAUUAAAAUAAAACAAGUAAAGGAUCUCUACAUGAUAGUUAUGUGAGCAAAUUAACUAGAUCUUCUGUGAAAAUUAAAAAAAAUAAACCUAAGUAAUUUACAGAUCAAGAAAAAUUAAAUUUGAGAAGAAAAUUAUGUGGAGUUUUUUGGUUCAUUAGAAUUGGGUUGGUUUUAAAAAAAUACUUAAGACAAGUUUGGUUGAAUCGAAGACAAUAAUAUUACGAAAAUGAGGCUUAAUAGUUAAUAGACAAAUUUGAUCAUGAAUUUGUAAUUGAAUAAUUAGAUUUAGAUAGAACCAUAAAGAAGUUUUCAUAUUGUUUGUUGUUGAAUGUAAUAAGAAUAGAUAUUUUACUAAAAACUGGAAUAUCUUUGACAAUAAAGACGUUGAAUUAAAAUCCAAAAUAGUUUUUUAAAUUCUUACAAUUUUGUUGAAAAAGUUGUCCUUUUUAACAAAAAACUCCUUAAGUGAUGAACAUAAAUAAUUUAUAAAGAAAAUUUCAUCAUAAGGAGGAUUCUUAUUGCCUGGACAUCCAAAGUUUGUAAGUGAUCGAGUAUAUUUAAGGCCAAAUGUUACAAUAGGGUAAAAUUUAAAUGUAUUUAGAGAUAAAUAAAUGCUGAAGUAAGCAAAAUGAUUUAAAUGGAUUAUAUUUAUAUCUAAGUAAUAGUGCAAAGAGUUCUAUUAAUUCAUGAAUGGUAUUCAUAAUUCAUAAAGAUCCCUAACCAUAAAGAGGCUAUAAAAAUAUUAGUGUCAGUGUUACAUUAAUUAUUUAUUGAUUAAUUUAGCAAUCUUAAAGUGUAUGAGAAUAGUGAUGCUAUUUAUAAUGUAAUUUUAAUUAUUACUCCAAAAAGAAAUAGCAAGUUGUUUUUUGUGAUUUUACAUAGUUCAAUUAUGUCGAUGUUGCAAUUACGAUAGAUGAUAAACAUUAGAGAUAUGAAAUGACAACUAAUUGUUGUAUUCUUGGUUUGGCUACUAAGGAAUAAAUGCAAUAAUUAUAUGAUUAACCAGGCUAUAAAGAAAUAUAAUCAAUGUUUAAAGAUUAUUGUGAUUAUUUUUAUUCAUAAAUUAACUUUUGA